UGGGCUGGUUGCCAGGCGCUGGGGGAGAGAAGUGCCACGACUCCAAGGCGCUGGAGCAAGCUCACUUCGUCCUGAGCAUCGGCAGGGAGGGAGGGAGAGAGACACAGACAGACAGACAAGCAGCUGGGAAGGGGAAGGGAAAGGAAAGGAAAAGGGCUUGAAGGAUAUAAAACAAGGAAACAUCCCUCACACGGCCUGCAUUCGCAUUGAACACCCCUGGAUCCAAGGCUUAGAGGUUGGGCAGGAAAGCAAGGAUUGAAUGAAGAUGGACAUCUACGACCCACAGACGUUGGGCUUCAUGGUGUUCGGCGGUUUCAUGGUCAUCUCCGCCAUCGGGAUAUUCCUGGUCUCCACCUUCUCCAUGAAAGAAACCUCAUAUGAAGAGGCCUUGGCCAAGCAGAAACGGGAGCAGGAGAAAGCCCUGCAGGCCAGGUCAGAGAAGAAGAAGAAGGAGAAGUCUGUGGACAAGAAGGGAAAGGUGAAGAAACGUGAGGAGAAGGCCAAUGGGAGAAUCCCGGAGACUGAACCAGUGCCCGAUGUUUCUGAGGCCGAGGUAGAAGUGGAAGCUGUCAUUGUGCCGAGCGUGGAGACUCCCAUCCUGGCCGUCGCUGCCCCCGCUCCUCCUGCCUCUACCCCAGAGUCGUCUCCUCCCCCGGCCUCCAAAGAGAAGAGGAGGAAGGAGAAGAAGGUCGCUAAAGUGGAUCCAGCCCCCGGUUCGGUUCCAGCCACGGCCACGGGAGUGGGCAUCGCCAGGCAGACCCCUAUCGCCAGCCCCUUGCUGGAGCCAGUCAGCAGGGAGGUGCCUGUGAUGGCCGUUCCACCGGUGGGGUCCCAGCUGAGUACCCCACUAGCCGCCGCCCCUCCCGCUCCUGGUGCCAAGAAGCCAGACGCCUCCACCAGCCAAGAUGAGCCAAGGCAGGAAGGUCCGGCAAAGAAGAAGGUGGCACCCAAGAAAAAGUCCGAACCCGUAACAGUGGCAGCUGACUCCUUGGACAGCCCUCUCUACAUCCCCUUCAAGACUCUGCUGUCCACAAUGAGCGGCAUGGACUUCAGCGAGGGCGAGGCCCACCGACUCAUCGAGAUCCUGAUGGACAAGGCCGGCAUCGUGCAGGACACCUGGCACACGGCGACACAGAGAGGGGACCCAGUGACAGCCCUGAGGCGGCAGCUGGAGGAGAAGGAGAAGCAGCUGGUGGCUGAGCAGGAGGACGCGAGCGCUGCCAAGACCAAGCUUCGGGAGCUCAACAAGGAGCUGGCAGCGGAGAAGGUGCGGGCAGGUGCCGGUGAUGCCAAGCUGAGAGAGCAGUUGGCAGUGAGGGAGGAGGAGCUCAACGCCAUGCAGAGCCGCAUGCAGGCCAGCUACCAGGAGCACCUGUCCGAGAGCCAGCGGCAGCAGGCCAAGAUGCGGGCCCUACAGGAGCAGCUGGACAACGGGCCAACGGCACAGAUCGCACGGCUACAGCAGGAGAACUCAAUCCUGAGGGACGCCCUCAACCAAGCCACCAGCCAAAGCGAGAGCAAGCAGAAUGCAGAGCUGGCCAAGCUGCAGCAAGAGUGUUCCCGGCUGAGCAAGGAGCUGGGCCAGCAGAACGAGACCCUGCGGCAGGACGGGCAGCUGAGGGAGGCGCUGGAGGCCCGGGUCAGCACCUACCAGCAGGAGCUGGCUCAGCAACAGGGGAGCCAGCAGGAGACAGAGAGCACGCUGCAACGACGCCUGGACGAGGUGAGCGAGGAGCUGCGACGCUCCCAGGGCAGCUAUGCCGGCCUGCUGACGGACACGGAGAGAGCGAGGGAGGAGCAGCGCUCAGCUGUCAGCACCUGCGCCGAUCUUCAGGCUAAACUAACGGCAUCUGAGGCCGAGCUGAAGAGCAAAGCGGAGGAGGUGGAGGGGCUGGGCAGUCAGCUGUCGGAGGUCAGUGUGGAGAAAGGGCGGCUGGAGGAGAGGAUACGCUCUAUCGACGCCCUGCUCGAGGCCAGCCAGAGCAACGAGACGGAGAGAGACCAGGUCCUGCAGGCCACCAAACAAGUGGAAGUUGAACAGCUGGAGAACAGGCUUAAGGAUAAAAAUGCCCAAAUUUCCAUCCUGGAACAGGAGAUGCUGCAGCUCAAAGAAACAGUUGAACACCAAAAGAAGAAGAACAACGAGCUCCGUGAGAAAAACUGGAAGGCCAUGGAGGCUUUGGCAUCAAUGGAAAAAAUAUACAGGGAGAAACUGGAUGCUGCUAAGAUGGAGCAGACAGACCAGCAGUUGCAGGAGUCCCACACGCAAACCAUAGAGGUGCUGCUGGAGCUCUUCCCAGAGUUGUCCGUGUCCUCACCACAGCCCCACAGUGAGUGGCUGCAGGAGUUCAGGCAGAAGGCUAUGGAGUCUCUGAACCAAAGGUGCACAGAUCCCUCUGAUGCAGUACUGAAAUUAAGAGAAGCAGAAGAAGCCCAAAGCACUUUACAAGCAGACUGUGAGCAGUACAGGACGGUUCUGGCCGAGACGGAGGGAAUGCUGAGGAACCUGCAGAAAAGCGUGGAGGAGGAGGAGCUUGUGUGGAAAGCAAAGAUAGCAGAGUUGGAAGCACAGGUCCAGCAGGCACAAUCACAAGUUAAAACGUCAGAGGCCACCGUGGAGAAGCUGAAGCUAGAUUCCCAAACCAGCGAGCAGCUGAAGGAUUUGGUCAUUGAGCUGGAGGAUCAACUGAAGCAGCAGAUAGAGACGGAUCACACUCGGUGUCAGACCUACUCGGUGGAGGUGAAGGAGCUGAGCGACCUCCUAAUGGAGUCACAGAGCCAGCUGGAGGCAGCCAAUCGGGAUGUCCAGAAACACAGCGAGGAGCUCUCAUUGGUGCGGCAGCAGCUAUGCGACAUGGAGGUUCAUGUGCAUCACGGGGUGCCAGUCGAGAUGGCCGGUGGCGAGGCCCAGCAAGGAACUGCCGAGGCCCAACGAUCAGCACUGGAACUGCAGGAAGAGCUGGAGAAGUUGCGGGCAGCGAGGAGCGGCGAUAGUGAGGACCUCCUUCAGCUAAAGGAAAGGCUUGACAAGGAAAAGAAAAUGACCAAGGAUUUGGGGCAGACUGCCAGCAAACUACAGCAAAUGCUGAAGACCACCCAGGAACAACUGGACAAGGAGAAGGAGACCGUGCAGAGGCUGCUAGGUGCAGGAGAGGGAAAGGGAGAGGAAGAGGAAGGGCCAGUGUUGGUGGAGGACGGAUUAAAGGAGGGCACGUCAGUCUGAGCAAGGGCCGCCCACAGUAAACACUACUCAAUCUUGCCAGAUGCCUUAUAAUGAUUCUUAUGCCUUUCCUAAACCACCUGCUCAGUAUUGUACUGUAGUUAACCAAGGAGUUAGUGAGCCAAACACAAUUUUGAGAAAAGUUGCUGCCAUCAAUAAUGUUAUUGUUUAUUGAAAAAAGCUUUAUUUGAUUCCCCCCCCCCCCCCCCCCCCCCCCCCUUCAUUUCAAAACACAUUCCAUCAGACUUGGGCUGAAGCUGAUGUCCUGCGAUUGGGUCUGACUGUUCUGUUUACGUUAGAAGGGAACCGCAAUGUACUUCUGGGGAGUGUAUGUUGCAUUGUGCAAUCCAUUAUUGUCUGCCUUCUGUCUAGAAAGCGGGGGAACGAACGGCAAAUCUCAGCCAAUGACCUUUGAGGAAUUCUUUCCUUUUUAUUUCCAAAGUUGUCCAUCAAAUCAAUAAAACAUUGUAACCAUU